AUGUUUGCUAUUUUGGGGAGGGUAGAUGACACUCUGACUGGCAUUUACAAGCGCCUCAGCAUCAUCCAUGAACCCAUUACGAGGCAGGAAAUGUUGAGGGCAGUGUGCUUCUUGGCUGGAAACAACACCAAGAAAGUGGUGCCUAUCCUGUUGGACCACAAUCUCCCAUGGGACAGCAACACAACUGAGCUAUGGAGGUUCCUGGGCACCAGAAGAGAAACCACCCUCAAUGUUCUUCAGUUGCUGAUAACGAUCCUGGAGGAGAAACCAGUCCAAAAAGUCAAUAGCAGUAUCUCGGAUGAUGAGACCUCCCUCCAGCCUGUUGCUGUAACGUGUGCACUGUGUGAGAUGCUCUCUGUCCCUGGCUGCAGAGAUGCAGUGCAGGAACUUUACCCUCGCCUCUUGUUGGCAGUGCUUAGUCAUGUCCAGCGAGUCAUUGAGCAGAACCCAUUAGAGAACAUGGUGGUCUAUAGGAAAGAGUGUGGCCAGGGGCACAGGCCCAAGGCAUUCGAUCCUUCCAGCUGUGCUCUGGAGGCUGUGAAGACCCUGCUCUCAGGCGCUGGUUACUUCGAGGUGUUAGACUAUGUGGAGGAACACAGAGGGUGGGACCUGCUCUCCAGCCCCAGUGAAUACUAUUGUGGAAUAAUGGAGAUCACAAGUGCCAUGGUGAAGCAUUUCAAGCCUCUUCAUCUGCACAGGAUUUUUAACAAGCUGAUCCCGCUGCUCAACAGUGAGAAUGAGCAUGAUAAAAUUAUGUCCAGGGCCUUCUAUGCUCAGGCGACACAUCUCAGAAACCACCUUCCAGUCCUCCGGGAGUUCCUAAAAGAGAAAGAGGAGAGGAUUGCAGAGCAGGCUGUGAAAGCCCUAAGAAAUAUCAUUUACUACAUGGAAGGGGAAGAGGUCAAGGUUGCAUUCUGCCAUAUCGUCCGACCUCUUUGGCAGCUAAUUACUGAUGAGAGAGAAAAAGUGCGCAUUUCUGCCAUCAUUGCCUUUGGCAAAAUGCUGAAAUGUGUGAACAAAUAUAAACCUGGACCUGUCAUCCAUAAUGAAAUCUACUGUGCUCUGGUGCCUCUGAUGCUCGUCAUGCAGGGGAAUAAUCACGAGAUAUUAAAGGCAUGUGGAGACACCUUGGCAGAGUGUGCACAGGUAAUGGGAUGGAACCAGCCCAGGAACUUGUUCAGACAAAUGACACUGAGUGACCAUCUUCAGGUCUUGCAAGAGAUGUGCAAAUUUCUGGUGAGGAAAUGCAGGAGAAUGGUGGGGGACUUCUUACUUAGGAGCAUAGCCUACCUAAAGAACCCUCAGCCCCUUUUACGAGAGGCAGCAGCCAGGUUUAUAGAGUUCACAGUAAAGAAUUUGAACUUAAUUCAAGUCGACAGAGAUGAUGUGAUGCUACUGCUCAAUGCUCUUGAUGAUCUCAAAUAUGACCCUAUAGCCUCAGUUUGCAUUGCAGCUAUAGACACCAUAACAAAUAUUGAGACAGCUUGUUUGCCUGAAGCAGAGCCUCUCUCCAGAUUGAGGAGGUUUUUCUGCUCUCUGCCUGUUCAAAGAAAGAUGAAGAUUUUUAAAGACAGAGAAAUCCCAUUAAAGUUCAAGUCCAGCUCAAAGCAAUUGAGAGGCAAAACCGUCCCUGAAGAUACCUCAACAGCAGGCCAAGAAGAAGGGGAAAAGAGCAUGAAACAGAAGCUAUGGAAGCUCACAAGGAAUAUGAAAAGGAAAAGACUCUAA